CCGGUGGAGGGGUCAGAGGUGGAGGGAUGGAGGGGUGGGUGGGUGGUAUCUCUCAGCAGAUCCAGGAGCUCAGAGGAACCUCAGUCGGCGGUUCGUAUCGGAGACAAACAGACAGACAGAAUGCAGCAGGCUGUCAUACUUGUGGUCCUCUUGGUCCUGGUGGGCCUCCUCCAUGGGGUACCAGUGCUUCCCGAACCUCUCUUCCCCACACAGGAGAACUUUGACCUGAGCAAGGUAAGAGUUAGUCUCUUAGCCAUCGAGGUUGCCCUUUCUCAUAGCCUUCCCAAGGAGGUUACUCUGUCUCUCUUGCUUUCUCACAAAUAUUCUUCAAUAGCAUAGCCAUAUUGGUUAAAACAUUUUGUAUACUGGAUGGGUAAUAGUCUGAUUCAGUUGAGAGGUCAAAAUGUGUUUGCUUUUGAUCAGCUUGUAUGGUCAAAAGUGUUUCUAUGGGUGCCUGUUAACAUCUGUAAAUACUGUAAAUACUGCAUAUUCCCAAUACAGCAUUGUUGGUCUGUAAAAAACUAAUCUUGGAACCCAGAACCAAAUUAUGUAUGUCAUGAGUGUUUUGGUUAAUCAUGCCACAUGUCCUGGAUUUUAACCUUUAUUUUAAGCCUUUUACAGAAAUUAGAAUUAGACCAAAAAUUAAAGCAAUCAUUUUUCAGAGGAUAACAAGAAAGGGGACAGUUUGAUGAAAAAGCUUUAAAUAAAUGUUAACAUCCAGGUCAUGUGACAUGAUUAACCAAAACACAGGGCCUAGUCAUGAGAGACUAGUAGUUCAUACACAGUUAGUUCUCUCUCUGUCUGUCAUAACUCUCUCUCUCUCUUCAUGGGUCAGUUCAUGGGUAAGUGGCAUGAUAUUGCGGUAGCAUCCACCUGUCCCUGGAUGCAGCGCCACAGAGGAGACUCAGCUAUCGGCACACUGGAGCUGCAGGCCGGGGUCACUGAAGGCAAAGUCAGCAUGAAACGCAGCAUGAAAAAGUGAGGUUACACACACACACACACACAGACAUAUGCGUGUGUCUCUGAACUGUCCCUAAUAAUGCCACUGGAUUCACUAUAGAUUAACUAAAUAUAUUAUGUGGUGUGUGUGUGUGUGUGUGUGUGUGUGUGUGUGUGUGUGUGUGUGUGUGUGUGUGUGUGUGUGUGUGUGUGUGUGUGUGUGUGUGUGUGUGUGUGUGUGUGUGUGUGUGUGUGUGUGUGUGUGUGUGUGUGUGUGUGUGUGUGUGUGUGUGUGUGUGUGCGCGCGCGUGCGCGUGUGUAGGCACGGGACAUGUAAGCAGAUCUCUGGUGAUUAUGAGAUAACAGACACACCUGGAAGAUUCACCUACCACAUUGCCAGUGAGUCUUUAGUGUCUGUUCAUACCCUGAAUCCCAAAUCAAGCCCUAGCCCUUACCUCCUAGGCACUUGUAGAUCUGAAAAAAUUGGGUAGGUGUAAGUAAUAUGGUGAUAGAUCCAUUGUCCCCUCUGAUAGGCCAGACAGAAUUGCAGCCAUAUUGCUUACACCGAUCUAAUACUCUCAGACUGAGAGGUAAGGGCUAGGGAUAGAUUCUUUUUUUAUACCACUGUCUCACCAACCAUAUUUCUGAAGUCAAAGAUGACAGGUCAUUGACAGUAUGUACUGUAUGUUUGUGUUCUCCUCCAUGCAGAGUGGGGGGCUGAUGUUGAUGCCUAUGUGGUUCACACUAACUAUGAUGAGUACGCCAUCGUCAUGUUAAGCAAACAGAAGACAGGUGGUGAGAAGACCAAGUCCGCCAAGCUAUACAGUGAGUGGCACUACUAAUAGGGAGCAGGUAGCCUAGCAGUCAGUGUUGGGCCAGUAAUUGAAAGGUCGCUGGUACAAAUACCCAAGCAGACCAGGUAAUAAAUUGGUCGAUGUUCCCUUGACUUAACCCAGAUUUGCUCCAGGGGUGCCGGACUUCUGUGGUUGACCCUGUAAACAACACAUUUAACUGCACAUAUCCGGCGUUUGUGACAAUAAAACAUGUUUAUAUUUAAUUUUUACAAAUGCAUCUACAUCACACAACACCACUGAGACAAUGGGCGAAUUCGAUUAUGCUGAGCCACAAGGCACCAGCAAAGGCUCAUCACGUCAUCCGGGCAAAGGACCGUCACGUCAUCCGGGCAAAGGACCGUCACGUCAUCCGGGCAAAGGACCGUCAGGUCAUCCGGCGAAAGCGGGGAGGGAGGUGCGCCCUUCUCAAAUUUAACCGUAAUCUGUGCCACUCUGUCAUUUUUUCAACAAGGCAGCAUGGUGCAUCGUCCAGAAACACGUACAGUGGGGAGAACAAGUAUUUGAUACACUGCCGAUUUUGCAGGUUUUCCUACUUACAAAGCAUGUAGAGGUCUGUCAUUUUUAUCAUAGGUACACUUCAACUGUGAGAGACUGAAUCUAAAACAAAAAUCCAUAAAAUCACAUUGUAUGAUUUUUAAGUAAUUAAUUUGCAUUUUAUUGCAUGACAUAAGUAUUUGAUCACCUACCAACCAGUAAGAAUUCCAGCUCUCACAGACCUGUUAGUUUUUCUUUAAGAAGCCCUCCUGUUCUCCCCUCAUUACCUGUAUUAACUGCAACUGUUUGAACUCGUUACCUGUAUAAAAGACAUCUGUCCACUCACUCAAUCAAACAGACUCCAACCUCUCCACAAUGGCCAAGACCAGAGAGCUGUGUAAGGACAUCAGGGAUACAAUUGUAGACCUGCACAAGGCUGGGAUGGGCUACAUGACAAUAGGCAAGUAGCUUGGUGAGAAGGCAACAACUGUUGGCGCAAUUAUUAGAAAAUGGAAGAAGUUCAAGAUGACGGUCAAUCGACUCGGUCUGGGGCUCCAUGCAAGAUCUCACCUCGUGGGGCAUCAAUGAUCAUGAGGAAGGUGAGGGAUCAGCCCAGAACUACACGGAAGGACCUGGUCAAUGACCUGAAGAGAGCUGGGACCACAGUCUCAAAGAAAACCAUUAGUAACACACUACGCCGUCAUGGAUUAAAAUCCUGCAGCGCACGCAAGGUCCCCCUGCUCAAGCCAGCGCAUGUCCAGGCCCGUCUGAAGUUUGCCAAUGACCAUCUGGAUGAUCCAGAGGAGGAAUGGGAGAAGGUCAUGUGGUCUGAUGAGACACAAAUAUAGCUUUUUGGUCUAAACUCCACUCGCUGUGUUUGGAGGAAGAAGAAGGAUGAGUACAAUCCCAAGAACACCAUCCCAACCGUGAAGCAUGGAGGUGGAAACAUCAUUCUUUGGGGAUGCUUUUCUGCAAAGGGGACAGGACGACUGCACCGUAUUGAGGGGAGGAUGGAUGGGGCCAUGUAUCGCGAGAUCUUGGCCAACAACCUCCUUCCCUCAGUAAGAGCAUUGAAGAUGGGUCGUGGCUGGGUCUUCCAGCAUGACAACUACCCGAAACACACAGCCAGGGCAACUAAGGAGUGGCUCCGUAAGAAGCAUCUCAAGGUCCUGGAGUGGCCUAGCCAGUCUCCAGACCUGAACCCAAUAGAAAAUCUUUGGAGGGAGCUGAAAGUCCGUAUUGCCCAGCGACAGCCCCGAAACCUGAAGGAUCUGGAGAAGGUCUGUAUGGAGGAGUGGGCCAAAAUCCCUGCUGCAGUGUGUGCAAACCUGGUCAAGACCUACAGGAAACGUAUGAUCUCUGUAAUUGCAAACAAAGGUUUAUGUACCAAAUAUUAAGUUCUGCUUUUCUGAUGUAUCAAAUACUUAUGUCAUGCAAUAAAAUGCAAAUUAAUUACUUAAAAAUCAUACAAUGUGAUUUUCUGGAUUUUUGUUUUAGAUUCCGUCUCUCACAGUUGAAGUGUACCUAUGAUAAAAAUUACAGACCUCUACAUGCUUUGUAAGUAGGAAAACCUGCAAAAUCGGCAGUGUAUCAAAUACUUGUUCUCCCCACUGUACAACAUCUCUUUUCCCUAAGUAAAUGUCAUUGGGAAGGCAGAUAGUGUUUCUAUCAAAAGCAAUCACUUUUGCAUGGGAAAUCACAAAAUCCUACUAAUUACUACCGUGCUUAACUACGUCACUUUUGUUUUGAGCCGACUUCGCCGUGGCCUUUGAACAGGGCACCUGGCUCACACCCGGGAGGUAGCCCGGUUCAAAAUCUAAAUCAAUCAACUUUCAGCCGAUGCAAAACACGCCUACACGUGCGCCUAGGCGAGAUUAAUCAAACCCCUUUAUUAGCCUGGUUCCAGAUCUGUUUGUGCCAUCAUGCCAACUCCUAUGGUGGUCGUUGUCAUGCCUACUCGAAAUUGUGUUGUAGAUAUUGGAUGGGAUUAACAGUAGACGGUGGAUCUAUUUUUUUUCUGACAUUUAAAAAUGCAUUUCCUGCAAUUCUACACAGUUUGGCAUGACUUAUUAUGACCCUCUGGAGGGGUAUUUUGAAAACACAGUAUAAGUAUAAGUGGGGGGCCCCCAAAUAUAUUUUGAUUUGUUUAACACUUUUUUGGUUACUACAUGAUUCCAUAUGUGUUAUUUCAUAGUUUUGAUGUCUCACUAUUAUUCUACAAUGUAAGAAAUAGUAAAAAUAAAGAAAAACCCUUGAAUGAGUAGGUGUGUCCAAACUUUGGACUGGUACUGUAUAUAUAUAUAUAUAUAUAUAUAUAUAUAUAUAUAUAUAUAUAUAUAUAUAUAUAUAUAUAUACCAGUAUAUAUACUGGACACACCUACUCAUUCAAGGGUUUUUCUUUAUUUUUACUAUUUCUUAUAUAUAUAUAUAAUACUUUUCAAAUACAUUAUUGGGGUGAUGAUUUAACCUGUUCUGAAUAUUGGGGGGGGGACAUGUCCCCCCAUCCCCUGUGGCAAUUUCGCCUAUGGUUUGGCAUGACAGCAGCACAAACAGAAAUAUGACAAUGACUAUAGAAGUUGGCAGGACCACAAACAGAUCUGGGACCAGUCCACUCAGACACAGCUAUAAUCCUAUUAUAAUUGAAAUAGAUAAUAUUUCUAUGGUUAGUACUGUAUAUUCAGCAGCAUAACUAAAAUGCUGCCCCCUUCAGGCCGCACCAUGGAACUGCGGCCCACUAUCCUGGACGACUUCAGGAGGCUGGUGAGGGAGCAGGGCAUGGCUGACGACACAGUCAUCAUCAAACAGAACAAAGGUACAGGCACACACACGUGAGCAAAACACACACACACAUACACACAGGCAGGCACACAGACAGGCGCGUGUGCACACAGACACAAACACACACACACCUGUGACCUCCACUAUGUGUCUGAACAUCCUUUGACCUUUGAACCCCUGCUGUCUCUCUCAACAGGCGAGUGUAUACCAGGAGCAGAGCCUGUAGCAGCAGAGCCUCAGCCUGAGAUUACGGCACUGGUACUUCCUGUAUUCAAUGAUUCAAGUUUCAAUGUUGAGGUUGUACACCGUAUCAGGGACGGAGAUUUAAUCAAAAGGUGGAUUUGGUUAAAGGCAUUAAAGAAAGUUAAUCAAAUUCCAAUUACACAUUUUCUUCAUUGAAGAGCAUUGAAUAUAAUUUGAAUUGGAUUUGGAAUUUCAGUAUACUUCCUGAAUUGACUGGAAUUGAAAUGGAAUUGACCCCAACCCUGCUAACUACUCACCUGUCUGUCUCCAGAGAGCUAAGAGGGACAUAGUCCUCCCUGAGCCUGCCCCUGUGGAGGGUUCCGGUAUGAGUGAUGACACCAUGAUCUUCAGGAGUGCAGGUGAGAGUACAUGAUGGGCCUGCUAGCUAUGCCAUUGACCUCUAAAUUUAAGGUUUAGCCUAUGCUCCGUGUGGGUCUAGUUAGUGAAUCCCUGGAAGCAGAUAGAACCAAUUAUGUAUAUUACAUAUACAGUAUAUUGCAUACAGUGACUUACAUAAUGUAUGUCUAUGCAGGGAUGGGCUGGCCAUAGGGUAAUUCUAGCUAAUUAUAAUUAUUUGGCUAAUAAUGGGGUCCUCAAGGGAAAAAAUGGUCCGUUGUGGGGGCCUCAGUGAAAAAAAAUUAUCCUGUGUGUUAGAAAUGCCAGAUUUCUGGUCCCAGUCCGUCCCUGUGUCUAUGGCUAGAACACACAAUGCACUGCACUUACCAGACUGUCUGACCAUCAGUGCUACACUGCUACUGUACAUCUCUCCUCAGAGUCCUGUAAGGCGGAACCAGAUGCAGGUCCCUGUUUCGGGAUGAUGCAGCGCUACUUCUACAACUCUACCAGUAUGGGCUGUCAGCUGUUCACCUAUGGAGGCUGCAUGGGCAACCAGAACAACUUUGUGACCGAGAGGGAGUGUCUGCAGAGCUGUCGCACUGAGGGUGAGGGGAUAGAGUGUAAAAGAGGUGGUUAUUCUGUAGGUGAACCACACUCGUGUGAUGGGCAAUCUUGUGUAAGACUUCAAGACUUGCGUUAGCUCCCCAGAGCUAAUCCCUUGACUUUAGCUCUGUGGGCUAAUACAGUCUUGUGGUGCAUAGGAGACACAGGCUUGACUUCGAACCUAGUUGGUAAUGUGGCAAUGCUCAACCCACUUGAAGUUACAUUAUGAUGCUCAUGACAGUAUUCCAUAGGCUAUGUGUAAGACUAGAUGGUCUCUUAUGUGUUUCCUCCUGUCUGGUGAGGUGUGUCUCUCUACAGCUGCCUGCAGACUGCCCAUGGAUGUUCAACCCUGCACUGGGCAGCCCAAGAUCUGGGCCUUUGAUCCCAACUCUGGACUCUGUUUGGAAUAUAAAAAGGACUUCUGCCAGGGCAACAGUAACAAGUUCUACUCCAAGGGGGAGUGUGAGGAGUACUGUGGGGUGAUGAAGGAUGGUGAGAGAGCGAGAGAGAGAGAUCUAUAUACAUACACAUAUACAUACAUCAGAUAAACAUACAGGUAUACAUUAAACUAUGGCAAUAACUUUUAUCUUAUGACUGUGUAUUUGUGUUACAGGAGAAACUGAGUUCCUGAAAGCAAACUGAAGGAGAUGAGAGGUCAUAAGGAAGAAUACAUCCUAACACAAACACACAGCACAGAUCACCGUCUGGGUUAGCCGUCUGACAGACUACCUAUAUCAUUCAAUACAGAACACAACACAACACAAUAAAAUGAUGGAUUAACCUA